CAAAAACACGCAGAGAUGACGCAUCAGAAAAAUCAGCCGGUUGCAGAUCGCCGAAAAUCGAUCUCCGAUCGCCGUUUCAAGAAUGAGAAAAAGAGCUCAAGUUCCGAAAGUUUGGGUUUCUUUUCUGAAUCACCAAAGGACUGGAACGAUUUCGCUUCGAUCAUGGAGAAGUCGGACGAGAAUCUUCUCAGUGAAUCAGCUGAGAAUGGAAUUGAUUUAUUGAGUCCAGACACUUCACUUGCAUUGGCCACUGUUGCUUCAUCUGAUCUCUCCCCUCUGUCAUCAAUAACCAUGUCUGAUGAGCACGAAGAAGCUACAGACACAACUGAUCCAUCUACAACUAUGAAUUCAGAAACAGGGAGCUUAACUAGUGUUGAGGCAGAGCUAGUAGUGAAACUUCUUAACAGAGCUAUAAAGUCAAGAGGCACGAACUUGAAAACUAAGAAGGUUUUGGAUGCUUUGGUUAAUCUCGUUGUUGAAGAGUUCAUUCAGUUGCCUGAGGAGAAGGACAGCUUCAAUGAACUCAUGGCCAAAAAAGCCAAUCUUGUUGUUCUGAGCUUCUUGCUGUGGACCAUUGCAGUCUUUGCAGCUCUUUUCUUCUCUGGAAACCAACGAUCCUUCAGUGGAGCAAUACCACCAACCUGAAGGAUGUUUGCUGCUUGAUUAACUGAUAAAAAUCAGCUUUUUCUGCAGUCUUUACUUCUCCCACUGGAUGCAGGUGAAAACUGGAUGUUCUUGGGUUUUGAUAUGCUUUUACCUUUAGCUUGUGGCAUUAUAGCUACAGUAAGUCUGGAAGAUUUGAUAAUUGUGUAAAAAUCAGAUAAAGCAAAAUUUUGGAUUUAGUUAGAUUGCAUUGCCUCUUACUGGUUUACUGCACUGGAUGCAACACAUUUCUCUCCUGGAUAAGUGUAACAUGUGUCAUCCUUAAGAGUUCUACGUUGUAAUUUUCGAAUGUGAAUGUGCUUCCUUGCAGAAAAGCUGUAAGUAA